UAAACUGAAAACAUUAAUAGUUACUAAAUAUGUGCACUAAAUAAUAUAACAUUCUAAAAUCUAGGUUUUACAUAUUAUAAACAUUCAUGCAUUAAGUUAUAACUCCAUUAAGUAAUUAUAAUUCAUAAUACUUCCAAUCAUACAUUGCGAGAAAACAUGGCUGCCAAGGAGUGACUUGCUGGGUAUUUUGCCUAGAAUGUGCUAUAUUUCUGUAAGAAAAAUAUUUUUAGAAGAAUAUAAACUCGCAUAUGAUCAACUAUUAAUAACGUCCAGGACUUUCGUGUGAAUAAUGGUUGUGUAAUUUAAGCAGUGGAACAAAUAUUGACGUGGUCUUUUCUGUGCAUCUUAAGACGUUGUAAAGACUGUUCUUGUCGGAAAACAAUGGCUACACUGGCAGCUAAACGCGAGGGACCCCAGUUUAUCAGCGAAGUAGCCGUGAGGGGCAACGGUGCAGUGCUCGAGUACUGUCGGACGUCGGUGUCCGCUUUGUCUGGAGCGACGGCGGGUAUACUGGGUCUUACAGGACUGUACGGGUUCGUCUUUUAUUUUCUGGCGUCGUUCUUUUUGUCUGUGCUUCUUAUCCUCAAAGCUGGUCGACGGUGGAAUAAAUGCUUUAAAUCUCGACGGCUGCUGUUUACCGGAGGGCUUGUUGGCGGCCUCUUCACCUAUGUUCUGUUCUGGACUUUCCUUUAUGGGAUGGUACAUGUGUACUGAAGAGGAACGGACUCUUGGGUCCUCAGGCUUCGGCUCAAGCAGCCAUGUAGAAGUAUAGUUUUCACAAAAGUAGAGAUUUGCAUUUGUACAUAGAUUGAGCUAAUGCUAUGUACAAGUUUUUGUUAGAAACCUAACGUAUAGACAUUCUUUAAUCAAAAAUGUUUUUUCUUUGUAUCUGAUUGCACUGAAUCUUUAUGAAAUGCUGCCCAGUCCUGAACUGUUCAGUGUGUUUCUGAAGACCAGGGUGAAACCUAACUACAGUUCUGAACCAAAUCCCAUUUUAUCAUCUGAAUAGACAUUCAGUCUUUUCAAAAUUUCAAGCGUUACAUUGACAUAUAAAGUUUAAAACACUUGUUAGGGAAAUUGAAAUUUUCUCUAAGAAAUAUGUUGUCCUCCUUCUGUCAAGAGAAAUUACAGUAAACUGCCCAAUAUUUACUAAAUUAUAGAGAGAAUAUUCUAAGAUUUCUUCCAAAUAAAUUCAAACAACCUCAGAAUUGAUUUGUAUACUUUCUUGUU